CUUCGUUCAGCUUUUAUGUCGCGCCGCGCCGUCGCCGCAGCGCUCGCGCUCGCAAUCGCACAUGCGUCGGACCCGCUCAGCUACCACGGCGGCUCCGUGCUCGCCAUGGCCGGCAAGAAAAGCGUCGCGCUGGUGCUCGACAAGCGCCUGGGCCAGGGCAACGCGCUCGUCGGCGACGAGGCCUGCCGCGUGCUCGAGUGCGGCCCGCGGGCCGUGCUCGCGCUCCGCGGGCUCCAGGGCGACGUGCAGACGCUGCUCGAGGACGUCGACGCGAAGCUGCGGCUCCGGCGCCUCGAGGAGGGCCCGAGCGCGGCGUCGGAGCCGAAGGCCGUGUCGGCGCUCGUGUCCGUCAUGCUCUACGGCGGGCGCCUCUCCGGCGGCGCGCCGGGCUACGCCGUCGAGCCCGUGAUCUGCGGCCUCGGCGCCGACGGCGCGCCGUACCUCUGCGCCCAGGACGGCCUGGGCGCGCGCAUGGUCUCCGACACGUUCGUCGUCGCGGGCACGGCGGCCUCCUCGCUCUACGGCGCCUGCGAGGCCACCUUCGAGGCCGACCUCGAGGGCGACGCGCUCCUGGACGCCGCGCUCGCCGCCAUGGCCGCGGGCCUCGACCGGGACUGCCUCUCGGGCCGCGAGGUCGUCGUCCACGUCAUCACGCGCGACGGGACGACGUCCAUGGAGCGCACGCUCGAGCCGAGUAUACCAUGAUCUUACGGGU